AUGGUAAAUCCAGUGACGUUCCAAGCGAGAUUGCUCACAUCCUUGGCCGCUCAAGAAAAACAGUCCAGACUGUGUGGCGCGACUACGUUAGCACGGCAAAUCCGAGCCCAUGUGGUUGCCAAAUACGUAGCGGCCUUCCUACUCGAAACUGGGCACCUCUCGUACGACCCCUACAUCAAAACGGAGCGUCAAACGGCACUGCGGUCGGUACAGAAGUUUGUCAAACAUUGUGGCUACCUGCGUGACUCGAAGCGAGGUAAGAAGUCACUGGCCCUCACAGUGGCCAACACGAUCCUCCGCGACAACUACAACUUCAUCCAUCAGCACUACAACAAGAACGAUAUAUCGCUCUACGACCCUACGGACAACCUGUACGUGCAGGCCAAGGCCAGACACAAAGGCCAUCGGUUUUGUUUCAUUGCCGCCAUUUUUGUUGGUGGAAAACAAACAAAGGACUACCACGGCAUGUUCGACCACACGUACUUUGUUACUUGGUUUGGCCGCUUGCUGGAUGCUUUGGCGGAUCGCGGGAUAUCCAACACUAUCAUCGUCAUGGACAUUGCAAAGUAUCAUAAGUGCCUACCGGAAGCAACACCACGCAUUGCAUGGCGGAAACCUGAUUUGAUGGACCCAUACACCGCGUCCGUCGUACCCGUCGUUGUCGAAAUGGCAUCCGCCGCUGGCCACGAACUUGUGCACAGCCCACCUCACCACUCUAAUCUCCAACCGAUUGAGUUUUUGUGGGCAAUUGUCAAAGGAGACGUCGGGAGACAAUACGAUACCAGUACGACAUUCCACGAUGGCGACAUGCGAUUGGACUCUGCGUUCGAAGCCGUCACUUCAGCAAUGGUCCACGGCUGCAUCAAGAAGUCGAAGCAGGACCUCUUGGAGCUACAUCGUUACAUUAGUACGAUCGAUGAAGAUGAAUACCAGUCGUGUGACUCCGAUGACGACCGUGGAAGCUUUGAUGGGUCAAGCUCGGGUGACGACAGCGAUGUGGGUGCUUUUGUCGAUUCGUACCUUGAGUAA